AUGGGCCAGGAUACGAGCGACAAGAGCGGGGCCGUCCCGAGUGAUGAUAUGAUAUUUGUGAUCAUGGACGCGGAUGAGGCCCUCAAUGAGGACGCCCAUUUGCAUCAGCUUGAUCUCAAACCACUAGAUGAGCUCUUCGACGCUGUUGUAAAUAGGGUUCGAGAUAUGGUCCUGCUUGCGGCUAACGGCUUAAAGGACAAGCACCAGACCUCGACGGAGUCAAGAGUCAAGGAAUACUUUCAUAUGAAUGGGCUGCUCCUCAGCCUCCAGCACUGGGGCAAUGACAUCCAAGUCGAGAACAAAAGUCCGCUAUCCAUCACCGAGAAAAGCAACGACGGGUUCAACAGUCUUUCCUUGAUUCUGCGAAGAAAGUUCUUGGAUAUCAUGUUAGCAUGUUCACUCAUCGAUAAAGCCACCGAAGGAGCGAGGCAAGGGAGCAUAGACCACCUGGAUCAGUUGUCGAGGCAACUUCGGGAUUUUGUUGCGCCUUUGAGGACUUUUCUCUGUCUCGAGGAUACGCUCGGCCGCGACGAUGCAAACCUGAAGACCGUGAGAGAGGCAGCCUGCCGACUGGAUCCUCGCCGAUUCGGCCGAAUCAAAGGGAAUGACAUGAAGGACAACACCUCCCUGGUGGAAAGGAUCACUCGAAAGUUGGAUAAAAGCAAAUUCGACACUGGCCCAACGCGGAAGUUCGCACCGAAUGGGUUGAUCAAAGGUCUGAUUGUACCUGAUGAUGUUCGGGCCACCUUGGCGAAGGGGCUGGCGGCCGGACAGAACGAAGUCGACCAGGAUCUCGUCGACUAUAUUGUCUUCCGAGCCCGGAACCUCUUCGCCAUUUGCCUUAGGCAGCAUCUGGAAAACAAUGCCCUCUUGAAUGCGAUGGUCCUCUUCAAGGAGAAUUCGAUGUCGGAUUUUGACCUGCCGCUGGAACAGACGAGGCUGCCACCUCCAGUCAGUAAAGAUGAUCACGGCGACGACGAAUCUGACGACGACGACUGGGACAGGUCAUCCCAGGAGUCUUUGGGCAUGAAAGAUACCAAUGUAUCAUCUACCUCGACCAAGAACUUUGAUUCCAGGCUCCAUGAAAUAGACCCCAACGAGAAAAUCUGGGAGUUGGCAAGAAGGCUAUCCUUCAUCGAGACCGAGCAGUGGGUGUUCCUAGCGCCAGUGUUCUCCACAAAGGACGACAAUCAGGACCUCAGGAAAUCGUCUGUCUUGCCUUUUCAAAUGCGGGGCAAAAAAAACGUAGGAGGGGGCUUCGGCAUUGUGUCCGAAAUUAAAGUCCGGGCAGGACACAUGAAGGACCCAGACAAUUUGUUCGGCUCGAAGAUGCCCUCGAGCUAUGCCCUCAAGCAGAUUCGCCCGAAUGAGUCCGAUCACCAGAAGGUUAUCAAUAAUUGGACGAAGGAGCUCGCCAAUCUUCGAUCUGUCACUCGCCUCAAGCACCCUAAUAUACUCCGCUUCGUGACCGCAUUUCGCAGGGGAGACGGCGAGCUACGGGACCAUUACCUGAUCUGCGAGUGGGCGGACGGCGGAAGUCUCCGCGACUUCUGGAACGACCACAAAUCGCCGGAGACGACACCGGGCCUGGUCAAGGAGGUGGUCGCCCAGCUACUUGGCCUGGCCGAUGCGCUCUGCACUCUCCAUUACUCGCCCGAGUUGAAGGAGGGGAUCGUGCACGGUGACCUCAAGCCCGAGAACAUAUUGCGUUUCAGACCUGAGGGUGGCGGGCCGGGGCUGUUGGGUACACUAAAGAUUGGAGACUGGGGCCUUUCCAAGGAGAAGGAGUGCAAGACUGCCGAUCAGAACAACGCCUCGAUCUAUCGCGCCUCCAUCAGAUACGAACCGCCAGAGAUGAGCGAAGGAGUGUUUGUCGUGGGUCGAAACACCCUCCUGAAGACGCGAUCUCGCCUGUACGAUAUUUGGUCCUUCGGCUGCAUUAUGCUGGAGUUCAUUGUCUGGCUGGCCGAGGGCACAGUCGGCCUCAAGAACCUCGAGACCUUGCUUGGAGGCUCGGGAAACAAUCAAUUCUGGGAAAAGCGGCUCGGAGCCCGCCUGGAUGUCAACGCCCAGCUCCAAGUCCGUGCUUCGAUUAGCCGCAAGAUGGAUGAACUCGACAACCAAGCGGUCUGCAAGAUUGUGGCCUUGAAGAAGCUUCUUCACUUCGUCCGCAACCGAGCGCUGGUCGUUCAUCUCCCAACAUAUCUGGCAGCCCUCGAGCCCGAUGAGCUGGCACGCCUCAACGCCGCUGAUGCGGAACUGUACGGGCCGACCCACGGUCCUCGAGACGAACCGGCCGAAGGCGGGUUCGGAUUCAGUCGGGCGCAGACCGUGGACUUUAUCAACUCCAUCAACUCGUACGACUCAGAGAAUCCCCAUGCAGAGGCAGCCGAGAUAGUAGAGGAGCCGCCGCAGCCCCCUAGCUCGAGCGCCAACCUCAAAAGCCGAUCAACACCAGAAGGGAAGCCCACGAUAGAAGUCACAGGCCCAGACUCCGCUCCCACCCCUACCGCCAGGCUCAAAGUAGCGGAACCCAACGAGUCACCCCGGGCCAAAGCAACCGAGCUGCUGAAGACAAUGCGGGACAUCAUGGGGUUGGCUGCAGACCAGGCAGGGAGUUACCCAGCCGGCUCUUCCACUAUCGCACCAGCGAAGCAACCUGUCUGGGCAACUUCAGCUGGCGAAACUACAGCAACGACCGCUUCAACGCCUCCCAGUCUUGUCUUCUCCGACAACACCGCGACGAUGAGUUCGGUAGAAACCGCGCCCAGCGUGCCUAAGGUUUAUCUUGACUCAGGUGACGUUGCAGCACCACAGGACGACUCGUUGAAAAUACCGGGCGGAGUGUCAAAGCCGGGAUCCCUCGGGGUCCCGGGGCCAGAGAAUGUAGGCGAUGAUCCCGAGCGGCCGUCACUGCACUAG